CCGUUAAAUCAAACGGUACUGAGUCUUUACAUAAGGAUGCGCGCGCGUCUUGGCAACGGAAGUAGAAUUUUGCUGCUGCCGAUAACUUCCUUAACCGAAGCUAAGCACUGAAUCUAAACUGUUUUCAAGCAAAAUGUCGGCUUGUUGCGUGUCUGGCUGUAAAAAUCGACAUUCGUCGACCAGCAAACUGAAACUUUACAGAAUACCGUCUGGAUAUCGGCCGUUUCAGGCCAACCGGAGACGUUUAUGGCUACAAGCGAUCCAACAAGCGAACGGCAGCACCGAGGAACUCAAAGGAAAUGCUCGUAUUUGUGGCGCUCAUUUUAUAUCAGGGGAAGCUUCCAUGGACCACGACAGUCCUGACUUUGUGCCUUCUGUGUUUUCAUGCACUAAACAGCGAGCGAACGCCAAAAGAAAAUUUAAAAGGUUUUAUGGCCGUAGAAAAAGGCGGCGGCGUGCAGCAAAUGUGAAAACAGCGGAAAAAACUACUCCACCUAGGGCUGAUUCUCCUAUGGACCUCCAGUCCCCUGUUUUGAUGGAAGAAGCACAGACACCAUCAGCUUCAUCAGUGCCAAAGGAAGGACAAACACUGGUUAAAGACGCUGAGACUGAAACCAAAACAGUCAAAUCACAAACAAUAUCCAGCCCAAACAAGGCGUCACCAUCAUUUAAAGCACCAGCAGGCUUCCCAAAGCUAGACAAAAGGAUUCCCAUUUUGCUCCUAAAACCUGUGUUUGCACCAGCAAGUGGGUAUCGGUGUGAACUGUGCAAUCAGAAUUUCACCAGUGUUUCACAGCUGCUUAAACACAAACCGCUGCAUAAAGAAGAAAAGUCCUUUACCUGUGAAAUAUGUGGACAGGUCUUCACCAGUCAGGCAGAUUUCACUGAGCACCAGCGUGUUCAUGAGCCUUCCUUUCCGUGCAACAUAUGUGACCGAUCGUUCACCACUAGUCAUAACCUCAAGCGUCAUAAACUCCUGCAUGUCAAAGAUGGCAGGAAGUGUCCCAAGUGUGGUGUACUCUUCUGCCAACGUCAUAAACACAUUUUAUUCCUGCCACAAGCUGAGUCUCUAACUAAGUCUGAGCAGGAUUCCUCCAUCACUGAGCCACAAAAUGAAAGCAGUAAUUUGAUGCCAGAAAACAGUCUGCCGGAGAAGCCUGAGGCAAGCCAGACGGCAGACCUGAAUGACGAUGCGCAGAGCACCAUGACACCAACACCUACUGCGCAUACUGUUUUGCCAAAACCUGGACCUUUAUCCAAGACCCAUAAAGCCCUACCUCCUGCCUCGCACACUAGAAUCUUAUCAGAAAUCCCUAUACCAGUGUUGAUAAAACCUUCCUCUGUGCCACGUCCACCCCGGCCAGUACCUGGGUACCCAAGGAAUCCAGGCACCUCUUCUCAGCUAAGGUCACCCCUGCCCACCUACCCUGCAACCUUCAUUCAGCCUCAUCUCCCCCAACAUCCAGAACUCCCCUCCUCACUGAAGAUGUUCUCACCACAGUACCUUACCUCAGCAUUACUCAAGGUUACAAGAAAUUAUGAAUAUAUUUUAAACAAACCAAGAGUUGUUAAGAAGGAGGAUAUUGUGAAGGAGGAACAAUGCGAGCUGCCUCUGAUUCCUCCAGAUGAGCACAGCGUUAAGCGUGAGAAAAAGGAAAGAACAGCAUAUGACCUGGAGAUUGUACUCUGAAAAGUUCAUCCCUCCGUAAACCUCUUGGACCACAUCUACGAGCCAGAUGAGAGUUUGUCUCCCGUCUGAUUCCAUCUGCACGCUGUACACAUCCUAUUGGUCAGAACGCACCGGUAAUGGUGGGCGAUUAUUCUGAUUGGCCGCUUUGCCUGUCACUUUAGGCCAACGAGAGGCACGAUUGGCUGACGUGAGAGUUUUCAGCCUGGCUGCAUAGAUGACAGGCGGGUGGUGCUGAUGCUGUGACAAUGGGAGUCAUCCAGAUAAGCGGCAUCUGGACCGAGUGUGCUUAAAACACAGCAGCAGCACACACGCGCGUAAUUCACUGUAAAGGGAAAAGAAAAGCAGCUGGGUAGAACCGCGGGGAGGAACCUCCAGCUGCUGCUCUGAAAGGUCUAGUGAUGGGAGCGUUCAGCCGCCAGAAGUUUUUCCAGGAGCUUGCACAUGGCUGCCUGCUGCCUACAGCUCAGCAGGGCCUGGAGCAGGUAUGGCAGCUGCUGGUUAUCUGCCUGCUGUGUCGGCUUCUCUGGAUGUUGGGCCUCCCCUCUUUUGUCAAACACCUGGGCACAGUAGCAGGAGGUUUCUACUGUCUCUACCUGUUCUUUGAGCUUCAUAUGAUCUGGGUUGUCCUCCUCAGCCUUCUCUGCUACCUCUUCCUCUUCCUGUGCCGACACUCUACCAUCCGUGGCACCUUCCUCUCCAUCACUGUGCUCAUCUACCUGCUGCUGGGAGAGCUGCACAUGAUGGACACCACCAACUGGCACAAGAUGAGAGGUUCACAGAUGGUGGUUGCCAUGAAAGCCAUCUCUCUGGCCUUCGAUUUGGACAGAGGUGUUGUGACCAGUGUACCCUCACCCAUUGAGUUCAUGGGCUAUAUUUACUUUGUGGGCACAGUCAUCUUUGGUCCCUGGAUCAGCUUCAACAGCUACAAAGAAGCUUUAGAAGGACGUAAGCUGAGCUUUUCAUGGUUUUUAAAAGUGUCUGUUAGCUGGGUGAAGAGCCAGGUGUGCCUUGUUAUUUCCAACUGUGUGGCGCCCUACCUCUUCCCUUAUUUCAUACCAGUCUAUGGAGACAAGCUACUACGCAGCAAGAAGAGGAGGAAGAUCAGAGGUACGCCGGCAAAGUGGUUACUGGCGUAUGAGAACACAAUGUCUUUCCACUUCAGCAAUUAUUUUGUUGGUUAUUUGAGCGAGACUACUGCUACUCUGGCUGGGGCAGGCUUCACAGAGGAGAAGGAAAACCUCAAAUGGGAUAUGACUGUAUCCAAGCCACUGAAUAUAGAGUUUCCCCGCUCGAUGGUGGAGGUGGUAACGUCAUGGAAUCUGCCCAUGUCUUGCUUUCUGCACACCUAUGUUUUUAAAAGUGCUCUGAAAUUUGGGACGUUCUCCGCUAUCAUGGUGACAUAUACAGCCAGCACCCUUCUGCAUGGUUUGAGUUUUCAUCUGGGUGCAGUACUAAUAUCUCUUGGGUUCAUCACAUACAUUGAGCAUGUGUUGCGGAAGAGGCUUGCAGCAAUUUGUAAUGCCUGCGUGCUGUCAAAGAAAUGUCAGCCAAACUGUGCUCACCGGAACAAAAAGGAGCUAUGGGUGUAUAUGAUUAACAUAGCAUUCAGCGCAUUGGCAAUACUCCACCUGACGUACCUGGGCUCUGUGUUCAACUCCAGUGUGGACUAUAUGGAGGAGGAUGAGGACGAUAUAACCCAUCAUACCAUUCAGAAGUGGUCAGAGCUGAGCUGGACAAGCCACUGGGUCACAUUUGGAUGCUGGAUACUGUACCGACUCAUUCUCUAAUGAUAAGAGACAGAGAAAUAGAGAAAGUGAAGGAAGCAAUAAUGAGAUUUGUAAGGCUGGUUCUCCACUCCUGCACUGUGACUUUAUUCUGCAUCAGACCGAAGAGAACUGAAUCAACAUGUAUACAACAAUAAACCAACACGCAGUGCUCAGGUUGCGCCGCAUGUUGGCUGGGUAAUCUAUUAUUCUAACCUGCUGGGGACUAGUUUUGAUAUCCAUGAAAUGAUAGCCCGCUCCUCCCUCCCUUUCCCCAUAUCACAUCCUUUUCAUCUGAGCCGAAGUUGUCAAGCCCACAUGUUGUGACAGCAGUUACCGAUGUCUUACUGUGAGUCAGAAUCAAUAUCUAUCAGCAUGGUGGAGAUCUGCUGCUCCUUUCUGCGGACACACGAUAGAGCCCGUUAUCUAGGUUUCAUCGUCGACUGCAGCAGAUGCACUCCUGAUGAGGUUUCACCACACCUCAAGUGUUUUACAAUCUUAUUUUUAUGUUUGAAGGAUAAGGCUGCUGAUAUUCUAUGUGGUUGUAUUAUUUUCAACAAAUCCCAUGAAAAGACCAAAACCAACAAUGCGUUAGUCUGUCCCUCAAUGCUCUCUGACUUCCUGUCUUGUGGUUCUCAGCCCCAAAUCCAUUAUAUAUGCUUACAUCUGAAUAAUUUACUGAAACAGCUAGGCACUGUAGUUUUUAACAAACGUUUCUCAAAAAAGAGUACUCAUGCUCUUGUGAGUGUACAUAUAGCAGCAGGACGGUGUAUGUGGGUCUGACUCAAAAUAAACUACAGUGCCUACGUACAUUGUGAUGAAACAUGUCAUGAAGUGCAACACUUAUUAGUUGAAUUAAUUCAUUGUUGCUUUUGGUCUUUUGUUGGCAAUAAGAAAAGUAUUGAAUAUCGCCAGGCUAAUCCUGAGCAUGUGUAAGACAACAAAUGGUUUACUUUUGAAUGAAAAAAGCACAGGUUAAUGGUUACAAGGCAGCAAUUAUAAUGUCGCCAAUCUUUUGUGAAUUUUAGAUAGAAGAAAAUGAACCCGUAAGUCUGUAAAUUAUUUUUUGUGGUGAAUUUUCCUAAUGGUGUUUGUAUUUUGUUUUGUGUUAUUAUAAUAAUUUCCUUUAAAUUAAACUCGUUACCUUUUGUCUAGAAAAGGUCCAAUUAGUAUUUGUGAACAUUUGAAACACUCUUCAGUAUUGAAAAUAAAAGUUUAGAAUCAGGGUAUUCCACAUGUGUUAGUGGGGAAAAACGUUUAAACUUCUCUGCCAAUUUAUUAUUAGAUGAAAUGAUACAGUAAACUAUAUUAAAUAUUUAUCCUUAAGAACAUAUUUUUAUUACACUGCUGCUUUUAAUGAUGCAUUUAUGUAAUUGUAGAAAGAAUCAAAUGAGCAUCUGUAUGAGGUUGUGGUCACAUUUUGUCUAUAGCUUUCUUAAAUCUAGAAUCAAGGGAUUUGCUUCUUGACUAGGAUGUAGUGUUUUAGAUUAAAGCCUGAAUGUUUGUUCAUGCCUGAGAGUGCUCAGUCUCUGCCGACUUAGUGCCACUCAAUCCAACAAGUGUAAGAGUAUUUUAAAUAGUAUUCUGAUAUUUACGUUAUGCCAACUUUUCUCCCUGUAAAUGUGAAGGCACUGACACACCUGUGAUAUUUUUAUAAAAUUUUACAUGAAACCUG